AAGACAUUACAAUUGUCAUCAAACUGAAAUCAUGUCAUGUUAAUGGUUAUGAAUAUUAUCGAAUCAAAAUAAUUUUAUUUUACUGAAAUUGUGCUUAAUUAUUAGGUCGUAUUCAAGUUAGACAAUUAGCAAUGAGUGUCGCGGCGGAGAGUGUGGAGAAAGGCGAUGAGCUUGUUAAUAAACAACAUACGAGAUACCACCAGCGGCGACGUAUGAAGCGGCAGUGGGAGUUUAACGAAAACAAGACAGAAAAUGGCGAAAGUGACGCUAAAAAGACUUGUGACCAGCCAUUUGAACGUAUUAAGAGGAAAAAAAUGGCAAUGCUGCUAGGUUAUUGUGGCGUGGACUAUUAUGGAAUGCAGAGAAAUCCAGGAGUAAAGACAAUAGAAGAAGACCUAUUAACAGCUUUACGAGAUGCAAAGUACAUUACAGAGGAGGACUUUGUAAAUCAACAGAAUGCCCAGUUCCAGAGAAGUUCUAGAACAGAUAAGGGUGUGUCUGCGGCGAGACAAGUUGUAUCGUUAAAGCUUCCUUUGGAAGUAAAUAAAGAGGAAAUUAACAAAAGACUGCCGGAAUGCAUCAGAGUGUUUGGCAUUAAAAGAGUUACAAAUAAAUUCAAUUCAAAAUCGAAGUGCAAUGCACGGACAUAUAGCUACACCCUUCCCACCUAUGUGUUUGAACCCAAUGCUCGUACGGAUGAAGAGAGAAAGCUAUAUCGGAUCACGGCCGAGAAAAUGACGCUAGUAAAUGAAUUGCUUAGCCAUUAUAAAGGAACAAAGAGCUAUCACAAUUUUACAGAGAAGAAACAUUAUCAAGAUCCUUCUGCGUCAAGAUACAUGAUGAGUUUUUCAAUGGAAAGAACUUUUAUUGAAUCGGAAGUGGAAUUCGCGGAAAUGUUGGUAAAGGGCCAAAGCUUCAUGUUGCAUCAGAUCAGAAAGAUGGUCGGUCUCGUGAUAGUCAUAGUUCGAGGCCAGGCUGAACCUUCCAUGAUGGAAAGGGUCUUCUGCAAGGACAAGGUGAUGUUGCCCACAGCGCCGGGCCUGGGUUUAAUGUUGGAUAAGGUGCAUUACGAGCGAUACGAUGCGAAAUUCAAAGAUUCCCACGAAAGUUUGACAUGGGACGAUAUGGAAGAGGAAAUAGAGAGAUUUAAGCGAGAGCAAAUUCACCCAACCGUGGUCAGGGGGGAGAUCGAAGGGAAAUCCAUGGCGCACUGGCUGGAAAAAGUUGCGAAACACUCGUUUGAGCCGAACGAAGAAGUGGCUGACGAG